AUGAAUGUCCCUCCCUCCCUUUUUUUUUUCUCCUGCCAGGGAUGCACGAUGGAGAGCAACAAAAGGGAAGGAGCAUCCGAGGCGGGGCCGCCCCUCCUGCAUGAGGAGGAAAGGUCUCACAGUAAACGUCGUCAUACUCGUCGCUCGAAAGACUCUUCAGCAAUGCGAUCCGUCCCUGCCUCUGUUUCCGAUGCAACUUUGGCGGUGCCGCCAGUGAUGGCCAGGGCCGUGGCGUCAAAGAGGAUUGACGUCAUUGUGCGGGGUGUACUGGAGGGUGCGGAGUGCCACGAGGCGGACGCUCUCUUUGCACGCACGUACUGGGUACAUGGCACAGAUUGGACGCCGUUGACGAGCGUGUCACACAGCGAAGAGCCUUCUACUGCCUCGCCGCUUGUGAAACCGCUGGAACGUCAGACGCAUAGCGAGGUGAUCACACAGCUCUCCUGGUCCUCCAACGACCCAUUUGCACGUUUUACGUGGUCAGCCCCGUUUGAGUGCGCUUUGCGUGGCACGAACCCACAUGGAUGGCCACAACUUGUGGUGACGCUGCACACUAUUUCACGCGUAUUGCCGCCGAAUAAGCCACCGCACUCAGAGAGUGGAAUUUGUGGUGGGGAGCAGUGUUUGUCAUACAGUCGUUGUUUUAUUCCGUUGCGUAGCGGUACUUAUCGCAAGAAGCUGCCCCUGCUACAGUUGGUGCCCAACACACGAAAACUGGCGUGGAUUGGGUGGUGGACAGGAGAGCGAUUGGAGCUGCGGGAUCCGACAUUUCUGUGCAGCGGGGAGGAUCGCGGUUUGCUGAAAGCUGCCCCACUGCUUGGGCACGUCUCAUUGUCGCUCUCGGUGAUAGUCAAUGGUUUCAUGGAGUGCGGCAUUGAGCCGUGA